UCGGUGGAGGGGGUUAUUGAGGUCACCUGCUACUUUUCACCUGAAACUUGGGCGCCCAGUCUCCGUGGCACAACUGUGGCUGCAGGCAGAGUUCCUGUUUGGGCGUUAAAUGCACCACAGUCCCUGUGGAGACACACUUGCAGGAUCAGCCAAAAUGAGCGAAAUGUCAUCAGUGGAAUCGAGCCAGGAGCACCUGUCAGAUCCCUCCCCAUCACCAAACUCCUCUAGUUCCUUUGAGCUGAUAGACAUGGAUGUUAGCAGUUUGUACGAACCUGUUUCUUCACAUUGGUUUUAUUGUAAGGUAAUAGAUUCCAAGGAGAUAUGGAUUCCUUUCAACUCAGACGAUUCACAGCAGCUAGAGGAGGCCCACGGCUCUGGAAAAGAUUGUAAUGAGAGAGUUGUUCCCACGGAUGGGGGCAGAUAUGAUGUUCAUUUAGGGGAAAGGAUGCGGUAUGCUGUGUAUUGGGAUGAGCCCCCGUCAGAAGUGAGACGAUGCACAUGGUUUUACAAGGGAGACAAAGACAAUAAAUAUGUUCCCUACUCAGAGAGCUUCAGCCAAGUUUUGGAGGAAACAUACAUGCUUGCUGUAACUUUGGAUGAAUGGAAAAAGAAACUAGAAUCUCCAAACAGAGAAAUUAUUGUAUUACACAACCCAAAGCUCAUGGUGCAUUACCAGCCAGUUGCAGGGUCUGAUGAAUGGGGUUCAACCUCCACAGAGCAAGGGCGACCAAGAUCAGUAAAAAGAGGAGUUGAGAACAUCCCUGUUGAUAUUCACUGUGGAGAACCUUUACAAAUAGAUCACUUAGUUUUUGUAGUUCAUGGGAUUGGACCAGCUUGCGAUCUCCGUUUUCGAAGCAUUGUUCAAUGUGUUAAUGAUUUCCGAAGUGUUUCCUUGAACCUGCUACAGACACAUUUUAAGAAAGCCCAAGAAAACCAGCAGAUUGGAAGAGUAGAAUUUCUUCCUGUUAAUUGGCACAGUCCUUUGCAUUCUACUGGGGUGGAUGUAGAUCUGCAGCGGAUAACCCUGCCCAGCAUUAAUCGCCUCAGACACUUCACUAAUGAUACAAUUCUGGAUGUCUUCUUUUACAAUAGUCCCACCUACUGUCAGACUAUUGUGGACACAGUAGCUUCUGAAAUGAACCGAAUAUAUACACUUUUUCUGCAGAGGAACCCUGAAUUCAAAGGGGGUGUAUCCAUUGCUGGUCAUAGUUUAGGUUCGCUUAUAUUGUUUGAUAUCCUAACAAAUCAGAAAGAUUCUUUUGGGGAUAUUGACAGUGAAAAGGGUUCAUUAAGAACUGUUGAGGAUCAAGGAGAUGUACCAACAUUAGAAGAAGAUCUGAAGAAACUUCAGCUCUCUGAGUUCUUUACUGUCUUUGAGAAAGAGAAAGUUGAUAAAGAAGCUCUGGCUUUAUGUACAGAAAAAGACCUUCAGGAAAUGGGAAUUCCCUUAGGACCAAGAAAGAAGAUACUAAACCAUUUCAGGACCAGAAAAAAUUCAAUGGGUGUUAAUAGACCAGACACAUCUGCUUCAGAGGUAAACAGCUCCAAGGAAAAUGGUGACUAUCUGGAUGUUGGCAUUGGGCAGGUGUCUGUAAAAUACCCCCGGCUCAACUACAAACCAGAAAUAUUCUUUGCCUUUGGAUCUCCCAUUGGAAUGUUUCUUACUGUCCGAGGAUUAAGAAGAAUUGAUCCUAAUUACAAAUUUCCCACAUGCAAAGGUUUCUUCAAUAUUUACCAUCCUUUUGAUCCUGUGGCGUAUAGAAUUGAACCAAUGGUGGCUCCGGAAGUAGAAUUUGAGCCAAUGCUGAUCCCUCAUCAUAAAGGCAGGAAGCGGAUGCACUUAGAACUGAGAGAGGGCUUUACCAGGAUGAGUAUGGACUUGAAGAACAACUUGCUGGGUUCACUGCGGAUGGCCUGGAAGUCUUUCACCAGAGCUCCAUACCCUGCCUUACAAGCUUCAGAGACAACAGAAGAAACUGAGGCAGAACCUGAAUCGGGUUCAGAGAAGUCCAGUGUUAACACAGAAGAGACGCCUGUGGAGGUUAAAGAAGAGCUUCCAAUCAAUGUGGGAAUGUUGAAUGGUGGCCAGCGCAUUGAUUAUGUGUUACAGGAGAAGCCCAUUGAGAGUUUCAAUGAAUACUUAUUUGCUUUACAAAGCCAUCUAUGCUACUGGGAAUCUGAAGAUACAGUAUUGCUGGUUCUCAAAGAGAUCUACCAAACCCAGGGUAUCUUCCUUGAUCAGCCUUUACAGUAAAAAAUGGCCCGUCUGUGGCUGCUUAAUAUGGACACUGAGGGACCCUUUCCUGAAAACCCACAGGCUUAUUGCUGCAGCUCUCUUCCCAGCUAUGUCUCGUCCUGCAUGUUGCCUGCCUCUGAUUCCACAGGAUCUUAGAAGAUAAUCCUUUUUGGAAAUUAGUGGAAAGCAAAAGACUAAUUGCUUCAUAAAAACACUCACUAGUUUUUGUAGCUAAGGAGUUUACAUCUUAAUACUUUAACAGCAGCACUUAUUACAUGGGAAGGAAUACAGUCUGUUUGGGGGGGGGCUUAGAAAAAUUAUAGAGAGGUUUAUUCCUUGUCUUUAGAAGAUGGACCAGUUUGGAAGUAUAUUAAGAUUUAGAAGUCCAGUCAUUUGUGUUUUUUGCACUAAGCAUAAAUGGAUAUGGACAUAGCUGCUAUUUUUUUAAGCCAGCAUUUCUUUCUUUUGUGUAUUAUAGGAAGAUAUGACUGUAGCUUACUAAAAAUAUAGCUUGCUCUGAACACUGUCAGCUAGGCUUAUUAUAGGAAUCACUGGUACUGUGUGUUGUUUUUACAACUGCUUCAGCUUCUGUAAAUGUGAAGAUAGUAUGAGUUGUAUACCUGCCCUUUAUACCAUAUUCCAAACUGGGGGGUGAGAUUUGAGUAAGUUAUUUGAUAAUACUUACUUGAAGGUGAAGUUGUAAGAGUUGGUCAAUUAUAUGGCCAUUCACAACUGUUCAUGUUGUAAAUGAGGUCUUUUAGUAGCACAAACUUAAGUCUCUUGCUAAUUUCCGUUGAGUAAAGGAAGUAUCUUGAUGUAAACAUUGCCUUCCAGGGUAUCCAAGGUCAAAAUGUUUACUUGAGAAUGCAGGUUAGCCAGGGAAAGAUAUAUUCUGAAAGAAAACCCUAUUUGCAGGGUCUGAGGAGCAACUGUGUGCACUUGUAGUUGAAUUUGGCAAAAUCAAGGUAGAGUUAUCUCGAGGAACAUGAGUGGUUGUACAGAUUUCUCCCAGGGAUCUGCUCAGUGCUCUGGUUUAGGCUCCCCUCCCCCCUUCUUCAGCAUGUGCUGUCAUCUUCAUUCUCCAUGACAGUCCUUUAUGCUCCUCAGACCAACUCCUCAGGUUCCCACAAGUCUCUUAUAGAAUGGCAGGGGAGGUAAGCUAUGUUUUGAUUUUUGUCUUUUUUUUUUUUUCUUUCUGUAAACCUAUCAUGGUAUCCAGAAAGUUCUAUAUUUAGUACUCACUGAAGCCAUCCCUUAGGCAGUGGUCUGUACCCCUUUCGUACAGAAAAGAGGUUACAGAGGCAAGUGCGGGACACACUCAAGCCUGGUUUUCCUUUCUCUGCUUAUGGGAUAAUGCCGGAAAAGCAAUCUACUGAGAAGUUCCAGGUAUAUGGAAUACUUUAAAAAAAAAAAAAAUGUCUCUUGAGUAGGAAUUAUUGAGAAUUAAGUAGAUUUAUUAAAUACUAAAGGGUUUUUGUCAAGUUGCUGUCUUCAAAUUUGUUUACUCUUGUUAGCAGAAUUGUUAACGACUUAAGAGUAAACCAAAGUACAAUCAAGAAUGAGUUCUUGUAACCAAAGAUGGGUGGGUUGGCCCUGGAGAGCAGAUAAACCACCGUGCUAUGACAUGCUUCUUCCUGGCAGUUCAGGCAUACAGUAACUAAAGAGCCUGACCCUCACCUUCUGCCUGUGGUGUUAUACAAGUGAAUAAGGUAGCAAGGAGCCUGUGUGUAGCUAUAUAGUAGUUGCCCUGCAUCAUUUGUAUCAUGUACAAUCUCUUGAUUGAGGCUGGUUUUAAACUCUAGCAUAACAGCAAUUUUGUCCAGAUUCCUGGCUGCAGAGUUAAUGAGACUGUUUCAAGGGAAGAUGAAUAGCACCGAUUACCUUUCUGAUAUUUUGCACUUUUGAAAUGUUUGUUUUAUAUGUGAUUAUAUUUAAGACUUUAGUAAAUGCUGAAAUAAAACUAUUGACCAGUUA